AUGACUGCAAGCAACCACGACCUGCCAGGACAAGCCCCCCCGAGCUCAGAAACGCUUGUAUCGGACCUCCGAGCACUUGCCUUGCUGCUUUCAGUGCACACUCCCAAACAGCUCCAUUCGGCCCUGAUUCCCACUUUACAGGAGCUUUUAAGCAAAUGCAGAGCUUGCCAACAACAGAGGAACUCACUACAAGAGCAAGAAGCCAAAGAAAGGAAAACUAAAGACGAUGAGGGAGCGACUCCUGUGAAGAGAAGACGGGUCAGCAGCGACGAGGAGCACGCCGUGGACAGCUGCGGCGAGAUCAAAGCCGAGCCCCGCGAGGCGCUGACCCCGACGAGCACGUCGGAUAACGAGACGCGGGACUCCUCCAUCAUCGACCCGGGCACGGAGCAGGAUCCCCCUUCCCCCGAGAACGGUUCUGUCCGAGAGUACAGAAUGGAGGCGCCACCUUCGUUUUCGGAAGACGUGACGUUAGGCGCCCGCUCGCAGCGCGCGGAGGAGCAGCCGGGCGGCGGCAGAUGCGAGGAGCGCAAGGAGUUUAAGGAGCUGCAGACUCGCAAGGACUCCCCGGGGCCCGAGGAGGACCCGGAGUUCCCUUCCACGUCCAUUUCUGCCGUUCUCUCCGACCUCGCGGAGCUGAGGAGCUGCGACGGCCGAGCCUCACCCGCCCAGGACCCGGAGAGCGCGCUGGCGAUGGGCUGCGGCCACUCCCGAGGACUCUUCAGUCACGUGCAGCAGCACGACGUUCUGGACAUCCUGUGUCGGACCAUUGAGUCGACGAUCCAUCUGGUCACGAGGAUCUCCGCAAAAGGAAACCAAGCCGCUUCUUGACAUUAGCUGGAGCAUGGCUGCUUUUAAGCCCUUUUGUUUUCCUUCCCCUCCAAACGCCGUUCGUCUGAGUUCCGCCGGUUUCCGUUCCGUGCUUGGGUUUGUCCAGUGCUCUCUGCUCCGACGGCGAGACAGAUUGCUCCGCUUCCUUCCUGCUCCGGCGGGACUCCAGCUUUUUACCCUCUCUUUUCCUUUUGUUUUGGGUUUUCUUUGCAUCUACACUUUCUCCAAGGGCAAUCAGAUAAUGGGUAUGUUUUAUGUAAUUAAGAGUUCACUGUAGUGGCUUUCAUUUAAUAUGGCUGUCUGGGAGAACGGGGCCCCCUCGCCCUGGACGAUGUAAUUUAAACUUAUGGCAUUUUUACUGUGUAUAAUAUGGUGUCCUCUGUGCCAGUUUUGUACCUUAUAAUAGAGGCAGAUUGCCUCAGAUCGCUGUGGUUCUUAUUAUCAAAAUUAAGUUUACUUGUAUACUAAACAACCACAAGGAAUUUGAUUCUGUAAAGAAUCCUCUUUAGCUGUGGCCUGGCAGUAUAUAUAUGGUGCUUUAUUUAACAGGAUACCUGUGGAGGAAAUAAAGCACACUUGAUGUAAAGUUAAUUGUUUUAUUUUUAUUGACAUGAUCGAUUGCUAUUCUGUGCACUUCAUUAAACUGAUUGUGAUGACUUUUCAUUUGUUUACAA